AAGGCUUCGUGUGUCCAUAAAUACUCUUCGUCGUUUUCCUUCCUUAUCCACGCUCACAAAUUAAAUCAAUCUUUCUCUCUCACAAGCUAGCUAGCUUAUCUCACCAGCAAGCAAGUUACAAGAAAAAUGGCGACAAUUGCAAGCAGACUCGACCAGCUGUUCCUAAUCCUCUUUGCCCUUCUACUUCCACUCUCUUUCUCUGUCAAUGCCUCCCUUGCAGAAGGAGGACGCAAAGCGGAAGUUUCAGGCAACGACACUCUUGUGUAUCCAACCUUUGUUACCAUUGAUGACGGGGCAGUGUGUUUGAGUGGGAAACCAGCCUCGUACUACUUCCUUCCAGGAUAUGGCGAUGGACUGAGAAAUUGGCUUCUAUUUCACAAUGGAGGAGGAUGGUGCAAAAAUAUCAGUGAUUGCAGAACUUAUAUUCAUAGGAAAGGUCUUGAUAACGAUGCCGUUCCAAUUGCUUUUCGCGAUGAUACAAUAUUCAGCAACAACAGCGACAAAAACCCAGGCAACGACCAGAUCUGCAACGAUACAGGCCAGAUUUCAGUGGCAGAUGCCGGAUUUGCUACAAAAGUGGUCGGAUCUACAAAAAACAGUGGUUGGAGGCCGGCGGAAUAGCGACGCCGCCAGAUCUGCGGCGGAAAAUACCAUAUCUACGGCAACGGCGACAGUCAGAUCUGUAGCAGAGACCGGUUUUGACUUGGUGGCAGCGACUGGCGGUGACCGGCGGAUACCGGUGCCUGGAGGAGGCCCGGCACUCUGGUCGGCAGCAGUGAUUUCCCAACUUCAAGGGUGUUUUUGGCUUGUUACAUAUAAUAACUCCUAUUCAGGGAGUUUUUUUUUAUCUUGAGUCCUAUUUUAGCAAUUAAAGAUGCAUUUAUUCCCAUUUGGGUAAAUACCUCUAGAAUUUAAUAUAAUAAUGGUCAAAGUUGUGUGUUAACAAACGUGAAAAACGGAAUGUUGUAACUAAAAAAGAACAGAGGAAGUACAUUAAUACAUGUAUGUAUGCAUGCAUGCACAUUUAGUUUUGUCUGGCGCUGCAGUUGAGCCAUCGACAUAGCUGUCGAGACCAAGGCCAAUGAGGGCCGAGUGAACCAGACACUUCCAUACGGGAUAAUUUGAGGUAGUUAAUUUUAUAGUGAAGUGGGUUGAAGCUGUGAGGGAAACGACUCUGGUGGUAGGGGUGAUGAUCGACAUGAAUGGAUCAGGAAAAAAUAACUGAGCUCGUUAGAGAAAGGCUCUUGAUAUCAUAAAGAAGUAUUAUGAGAAGUAUAGUAUGUAUUGAUGCCUUCAGCAUGAUGUACGUACAUCAAUAUAUAAGUUACAAUUGAGAAUUUUACAACUGGAACAAAGUCUGGGUUAGGUAUUGUGACGGCUCAUCGUUCACAGGAAACUCUCAGAAAACAAAAAACGGCACAACCUAUUACUUUAGGGGAGCCAGGAUUUUCAAUGCAGUGAUACAAGAACUGCUAGGCAAAGGAAUGGACAGGGCAGAGAAUGGUAAUGAUCAUCAUACUAGUCGUUCCGUCGUAUCAACAUCUGUCUUGACAAGGUGGGCGGACCAACAUAAUAGUGGAUACACGCUGUAUUACGAAAAACAAAGGAUGUCAUGUGUCGGGAACCCUUCUCACGUUGUGCCGGCGACAGGCUACACCCCGACAUGGCGAGGACAUGCCAGGGCCGAGCACGCAACGUUAGAUGUAGAAUUAAAUUUAUUAUUGUAUGUACAAAUUUAUUUAUGGAAUUACAUUAAAAAACUACAUUUGGCAUGUUCACUUCCAUUAAAUUACAUAUAUUGCAUUUUAAAAAAAUCAAAUUUAUAUUUCAA